CGACAAUUGCCCAUUGUUCGAAACGACGUCGACCUCAUCCUCGCUGUCGUCGCCCACGGCGCCCAGCCACCUUGACGCAAUCAUGUCUGCAGCAUUCUUAGUGCCGGAGCACAAACUCUUCGAAUCGCCCAAUUCACGCUCUAUUCAUGUCAACAGCUGGGUCAUUACCGCGUCCACGAACCCAAUAUCCAAUGCCUUUGAGUGCGACGCCAUCCAGGGCUCUCUAGGUAUCCCUCUACCUGAAAUGACCUUUGGUAAUAAUAUCCUGACGUUGGAGCACCGUCCUUCUGGGUUGAAGUACUCAUUUACUGCCGCGGACGCUUUGGGCUUCGUGAAAAAGGGCGAGCUCGACGAUGGUGAUGGCGGCGUCAAGGUUAACUACGCCGACGCUUGGCUGAAAAGUCGAACCGACCCAUCGUCCAAUCUCACGAUGCCCAAGACCGUUGCGACCAAGCCUUAUGACUGGACAUAUACCACGAUGUACACAGGACACAUGGAAGCUGAUGAAUCCGGCUUUGUGCCAUCGUGGAUUCUCUCAGAAGACGCUGAUUCAGCGUACAACAUCCCCAUUGCUGAGCUAACUCGACCCGACCCGAUCCUGUUCUACGCUGAGAUACCUUUGUUCGAGGACGAGCUGCACGACAAUGGGUCGUCAGCACUUCUUGUGAGGAUUCGUGUUAUGCCGACGUGCAUCUUUAUUCUUUGCCGAUUCACCCUUCGGGUCGACAAUGUACUCUUUCGUACAUGGGACGCAAGACUUUAUCAUUCAUUCUCGUCGGAGCCUCCCAUGGUCAUUAGAGAGACCAGCGGCUGGGAGGCACCCUACGACGUGAUCAAAGAUCGUCUUCCAAAGCGCGAUGAUAUGACCCCCCUCACUGACCCCAACUUCAUCUCCAAGGCUCUAGCAGACACGCGUCGCAUGUCACAGACCAUCGGUGCUAAGACCGGAUGGCGGGGUAUUGGAACGACACUUGAAUACGCCAUUCUGGCAUAACAGUAUAGUAUUACAGGAAAU